CUGCGUUUCAUUGCGCAGGCGCCCGCGAGGGCGUGGGCGCCGGCGUGGUCCCCAUGGAGUUACCUUAGCCGAGCCGGCACUCUAGGAGAUUCCGGGAUGAGCGCGGCGGAGGUCGACCGCUGGGCGUGGCUGCUGGUGCUCAGCUUCGUGUUUGGGUGCAAUGUCCUCAGGAUUCUCCUCCCGUCCUUCUCCUCCUUCAUGUCCAGGGUGCUGCAGAAGGACGCCGAGCAGGAGUCGCAGAUGAGAGCGGAGAUCCAGGGUAUGAAGCAAGAACUCUCCACCGUCAACAUGAUGGACGAAUUCGCCAGAUAUGCCAGGCUGGAGAGAAAGAUCAACAAGAUGACGGAUAAGCUUAAAACUCACGUGAAAGCUCGGACAGCCCAAUUGGCCAAGAUAAAAUGGGUUAUAAGUGUUGCCUUCUAUGUAUUGCAAGCUGCCCUGAUGGUGUCGCUCAUUUGGAAAUACUACUCUGUCCCUGUGGCCGUGGUACCGAGUAAAUGGAUAACUCCACUAGACCGCCUGGUAGCAUUUCCUACCAGAGUAGCAGGUGGUGUUGGAAUCACCUGUUGGAUUUUAGUCUGUAACAAAGUCGUGGCUAUUGUGCUGCACCCUUUCAGCUGAGAGACCAGACGAGUCCAGCUGAGACACUUGUCAACAGUGGAUUUUCCCUUAUGGGCUAAAAACCUGAUACUUUUUUUUUUUAAAGGAAACAGAAGCACACAGGUUAGGUUUUUUUGUUGAAUGUGUUUGUUCUUGGAUCUUAUGUGAGAUACGAGAGGCCUGAUCUUGUGCACUUGUCGUUGAGCCAGACGGCCGGUCUCUGGUCUCUCAGGCGAGUGCCCCGGCCAGCAGAGCCGCACGUUUGUCGGGAGAAGGGUGUGGCGUGGGUGUCCGCACGCUGUGACUCGGGGUCUGCCCUGUUGGCGUAUUUUAAAGGUCAUGUUGCCAAUGGGAAGUCGGUUUUCUAACUUAAGUACUCUAAAGACUUUGUGCUAUUCUUGAUCCAGAUUAGAAAGCAAUUUAACUUUAAUACCGCCAGUGGAAUUUGGAAUCUCGUGUAGUACUGCUAAGAGUAACACUAACUGACAUUGCUUGUGUUUUUUCCGUUCCUGUGUUGAAAUGUCACGUGUUGGGCAAGCCUUUGUAUAGUAUUAUCUACUUAUCUGAAGCUGUUGAUUUUUCAUCACUGUGUUUUGUAAUGUAUUCAUGAGAUCAUAAUGCAUUGUUUUAUGCUUGAAUUGUAUGUUUUGUAUUUAAAGCAUUUCAAAUGAAGUCUGUUUUCUAAGCAUUUAAUAUUUAUGCUCUGUAGAAUGGAACAAACUUAAACUGGGAAUUCUGAUUAAAUUAAUUUGAGUGGAUACAUUUUUAAAAACACUUCUUUUUUACUGUUGCUCUUUUUUUUUGAAUUAUAAUUGACACAUGAUGUGUUAGUUUCAUGAGUACAACAUAGUGAUGGUAUUUGUACACACUGUGAAACGAUCACGAUGAGUCUAGUUUCUCCGUGUAAAACACUUUUUUAUAAUUAAAAGUUUUGCAAGGGC